AUGGAAGAGUCUAAUAGGAAAUUGGUGUUGCUGAAGCACCAGUCAUCUAUACCAGAAUCAGUGAUCAAGGCAGUAUAUCCGGAUAAUCCAAAGCGACCGCUCACUAUCACCGAAAUGGUGGAAUUAAACAUGCUCGAUCCAGACAUUAUAGAGGGCCACAAAAGGUUGGUUCUUUAUUACUGAUU